CCCCUUCUUUUCAAGCGUGAGACUCGUGAUCCUUCCGCCGCUUCCCUUCUUCAUUGACUCGGAAAAAAAAUCCCCGAGGAAAAUAUAAUAUUCAAAGUACUUCUUUUCAAUCAAGUAUUUGCCCCCGUUUCACGUGAUAUUUUUUUUAAGACCCCCCCCCCCUUCUUCCUCCCUUCCAAGGAAACGGAGGGGAAAGAAUUGUAUUUUUUUUCCCCCCAGCCCCAAAUCAUCUAUAUGUUAAAUAUCCAAACUGGUCUGUCUUGAAGGAGAAAUACAUCACUCGUUUUUUUUUUUUGUUUUUUUUUUUUGUUUUUUUAAUUAUACAAAAGGAGCGAAAAGCCAAGAGGACGAAGUCUUUUUUUUUUUUUUUUUUAAUCUUCUCGUGGGAGAACUUAAUGCUGCAUUUAUCGUUAACCUAACACCCCAACAUAAAACAAAAGGAAGAAAAGGAGGAAGGAAGGAAAAGAGGGUGAUUCGGGAAGAGAGUGAUCAUGUCAGGGCGGCCCAGAACCACCUCCUUUGCGGAGAGCUGCAAGCCAGUGCAGCAGCCUUCAGCUUUUGGCAGCAUGAAAGUUAGCAGAGACAAGGAUGGCAGCAAGGUGACCACAGUGGUGGCAACUCCUGGGCAGGGUCCAGAUAGGCCACAAGAAGUCAGCUAUACAGACACUAAAGUGAUUGGAAAUGGGUCAUUUGGUGUGGUAUAUCAAGCCAAACUUUGUGAUUCAGGAGAACUGGUUGCCAUCAAGAAAGUAUUGCAGGACAAGAGAUUUAAGAACCGAGAGCUCCAAAUCAUGAGAAAGCUAGACCACUGUAACAUAGUCCGAUUGCGUUAUUUCUUCUACUCAAGUGGUGAGAAGAAAGAUGAGGUCUAUCUUAAUCUGGUGCUGGACUAUGUUCCGGAAACAGUAUACAGAGUUGCCAGACACUAUAGUCGAGCCAAACAGACGCUCCCUGUGAUUUAUGUCAAGUUGUAUAUGUAUCAGCUGUUCCGAAGUUUAGCCUAUAUCCAUUCCUUUGGAAUAUGUCAUCGGGAUAUUAAACCACAGAACCUCUUGUUGGAUCCUGAUACAGCUGUCUUAAAACUCUGUGACUUUGGAAGUGCAAAGCAGCUGGUCCGAGGAGAACCCAAUGUUUCGUAUAUCUGUUCUCGGUACUAUAGGGCACCAGAGUUGAUCUUUGGAGCCACUGAUUAUACCUCUAGUAUAGACGUGUGGUCUGCAGGUUGUGUGUUGGCUGAGCUGUUGCUAGGACAACCUAUAUUUCCAGGGGACAGUGGUGUGGAUCAGUUGGUGGAAAUAAUCAAGGUCCUGGGGACACCAACAAGGGAGCAAAUUAGAGAAAUGAACCCAAACUACACAGAAUUCAAAUUCCCUCAAAUUAAGGCACAUCCUUGGACUAAGGAUUCGUCAGGAACAGGACAUUUCACCUCAGGAGUGCGGGUCUUCCGACCCCGGACUCCACCGGAGGCAAUUGCACUGUGUAGCCGUCUGCUGGAGUAUACACCAACUGCCCGAUUGACACCACUGGAAGCUUGUGCACAUUCAUUUUUUGAUGAAUUAAGGGACCCAAAUGUCAAACUACCAAAUGGGCGAGACACACCUGCACUCUUCAACUUCACCACUCAAGAACUGUCAAGUAAUCCACCUCUAGCUACCAUCCUUAUUCCUCCUCAUGCUCGGAUUCAAGCAGCUGCUUCAACCCCUACAAAUGCCACAGCAGCCUCAGGUUGAAAACCCUUCUAACAGAAAAGGGAAUCAUGAUAGGAGUUGGACAAGAUGCUAAUGCCGGAGACCGUGGACAGACGAACAAUGCUGCUUCUGCAUCAGCUUCUAACUCCACCUGAACAGUCCCGAGCAGCCAGCUGCACAGGAAGAACCACCAGUUACUUGAGUGUCACUCAGCAACACUGGUCACGUUUGGAAAGAAAAUUAAAAAGAGAAAAAAACCUGCUCAUUUUAGUGUUCAAUUUUUUAUUAUUAUUGUUGUUCUUAUUUAACCUUGUAAAAUAUCUAUAAAUACAAACCAAUUUCAUUGUAUUCUCACUUUGAGGGAGAUCCAGGGGGUGGGAGGGGUUGUGGGGAGGGGAAGCGGAGCACUAGAACACACAAUCUCUCUCCCACGACAAUCUUUUUUUAUCAAAAGUCUGCUGUUGUAUACUUUAAAAACAGGACUCCUGCCUCAUGCCCCUUCCACAAAAGAAGACUUUGUUCUGUGCUGAAGUUUUUUUGAACUUUGUUUUCUUUAAAAGUCAAGUGUAAGACUUUGGUAUAGUGCACAGCUUGAAAUUGGUUGGGAGCUUAGCAGGUGUAACUCAAUGGGGACUUAAAUGUCACUUGUAAAAUUAAUCCAUAUCCUCGGGUAUUUGAAGACUUGCCUUUGGCAUAUUGGUGGCAGGUGUGGCAGACAAAAAAGGAAAUGCGUAUCAUUUGUAUGUAACCCAGGGAGGUCAAUAAAGUUUAAAGAUUCUUAAUUGACUUUGAUAAGGUUUUGUUUUGCUCUUAAUCAGUGCUAGUGGUGAAGAAACCUAAAUUGGAAGCUAUCAGAGGAGGAGGAAGAUGCGUGCUCUGAGGGUGGAUCUCUGUUUGCCUGACCAAAGGUUCUCUGCAAAUCUUAGUACAGUUUUAAACUAGUGACCAGAAGACUGAAAAGGAUGUUGAGCCAGUCACUCUGGCUACAGAUGCCAAAAGCUGAUGAACUGAAGGAAGGGGACAGGCCGAGAGCAGAUCUCACCACUGUGAAUGAAUUUGUCCAGAUUUGUUUCUAACGUUGCUUCCCUUGGAAAGACACUUGAGAGAGGACAUUAUAGUUAAAUAAUGUGAACUGUAACAGUCUACUGGUUUAUUUUUCAUAUUUUUUAAUUACAGAUUGAGCUUGCAGAAAUUGCCACAUUCUGCACAUAGUUCUAAUAUUAAAUCCAAAUCUAGAAUCUGUAUUUAAUUUCAGCUUUUUUUUUAACCUCAUGCUUUUAAAAUUUUAUUUAUUGACGUAUGUCAGGUAGACCAUAUGAUUUUAGAUGGUAGGAAUCUUAAGAACUACACAUCAAAAUGGUAUAAACAGUCACGUGUACCUGCUGACUUUAUAGGAAAGCUGAUUAUAUAAAUGUGUGUAUGUAUAUAUGUUAUAUAUACAUAGAUUCAAUACUGCCUUUAAUUUUUGUUUUUGUCCACAGUAUCAAAAUCAGCUGGUCGAAGCAUGAGAAGAAUGUUUCCCCCCACACCCAGUUAAGAGUUUUUGUUUCUGUUUUCUUUGUGUAUCAGUGAACGGUGUAAGACUCAGUCUCUGUUUCUGAAGAAAAAGCAAUAUUCCUUGGAAAGCAAAGAGGAUUGAAGGAUUAUGUUUGCAGUGAGGAAAUAGAUUUUCACAACUAGUUUGUUUUACAUUUUUAAGGUUGACAUCUUUGUGGGCCUUAUAUACUCUAAAAUGAACCUUAGUCACCUUGGUGCUUAUGGGCCAUUACUUGACCUAUGAAUCUUUAAGGCACAAUCAGUUGUACUUUACAUUUAAAGAUCACUUGAGUGAUGGCCGCCUUUCCCUUCUCCCCACUCUUUCCCUACACACCUUCCAAGGUUAGUUGCUAACUGUAGGGCUGUAGAGCUGAGCCCUUGAAUGUGUGUAAUCUCCCUUCACCUUCCUCAUUGCCACCUUAGGUCGUGUUAGGGGUCUUGCCCUCCAGGUGAUUUGGAAGUGGAGUCUCUUGGCAACCCUCAACGCAGGUCCCAGUACCCUGUCCUGCUUCUUAACCAAGUGUGUGCGACUCUCCAAGAGAGUCCUACUGCCUGCUGAAGUGAACCAAUACCCAGAAGGGCAACUGUGAGCCAUCUUAGUUUUCACUCACUGUUUAGCUAAGCUCUUAGGCCACAAAAGGGGUUUCUCAAACCUCUGGUUAUAUCAGAGUUCGUGAGAAAGGAAACACACUCAGUCAAACCAAAUCGAACAAACUGACUUUUACAUUUCAUAAUGCGCUUCUGAGAGCUAAUUAAGAUUUGGAAGAAGUCUGAAUGAGAGUAUUUGGCCAGGUGAUUCCUAAAGGGAAUGGCUUUGGUAGACCAUUUUCAGAAAGGACUUAUAAAGAAGCUGAACAGCAGGUCUAGGACAGAUCAGCGGACCUGCUUUCAUACCAAACUGCCCAGGCCAGACAUUUGCACCCAGACACUACUCUGGACUUGGUAUUCUUGCCAGAGUCCUUAAAAAUCUGUGCUUGUUCUAGGAAACACUCCCCCCUCCUUUGCCCCCAUAAAUGGGGUAAGAGAAGAAGAGAGAAAAGGCAGAUGCUUUUCUCUGUGUGUGUGUGUGAGGGCUGAGGUGCAUGAUUUUUCUUUCUCAAGGAUCAUGGCGGUAUCACAGAACUCUUUUAUACAAGUGAGAUCCAGGUCUCUGAAUCUUUUUGUAAAUAAUAAUAAUAAUAAUAAUAAUAAUAAAAAGCUCCUCACCAAAUUCAAGCUUGUACAUUAUAUUUUCUUUCGAUGUUUUUAAAUUUAAGUUUUAUUGUUUUGUAUGUAAAUAUGUGGACCCAGGAACUGUUAUUAAUGAGCAAAAAGUUACUGUUCAGGGCAGUGAUUCUGUUUAAUAAUCAGACAAAAUGUAGACGAGCUUUUUAAAGCCAUAUAGUUUUAACUCUGUACAGUAGGUACCGGCCUGUAUUAUUGUAACAAUAACUCUAGCAAUGUAUAGUGUAUCUAUAUAGUUUGGAGUGCCUUCGCUUCCAUGUGUUUGUUUUUUGUUUUUGUUUAUCAUUUUUCAAAUUUUAAUUGGUUUUUCUACCCGUGUCUCCCUGUCCUACCCCUUUCCCUUUGAAAUAAUAGCUCACUCCUAACAGUGUCUUUGCCCCUUCCACAGUUAAUUUCAGUGAUACCAUGCUCAGGAGUGCAAAGAGGAAACCUCGUCCAUGAUCUCACUUCAUUUAAGCCCUGCUUUUGUUUCGGUUCUGAACAGCUGUUUCCUCCGCAGUCAGUAUGGUGACCGGUUUCAUUUCAUACUUAGUCCAUCCAGGGACUUUGUGUAGUGCCAGGGAGCCCUAGAGCUGGAAGAGAUCGAAUCAGUUCAAGUUUGCUCAUCUCUUCCCCAAAUCCCAACCACAGGUCUUACAAAACAGCAGGUUCCGGGAGCCUUCCAUGCUCUCUGCCCCUUAUCUACUUCCUUCCCAAAUGAGAGAGAGAGAGAGAGAGAGACAGGUUUUAUAAAUCCAAGUUUCUUAAUAGUACCAGGUUUUGAUACAUCAGUGGUCUGAAAUGCCGUAGUGCAAUUACUAGCAGUUACUGCGUCGAGUGCCACCGAGCCGAGAGGACAUGCCAACAGAGGACUGUUGUUUUAACAAGGGAACUCUUACCCUUCCCCUCCCUCCUGCCACCUCUAUCCCUGUUCAGUGAAAUGUCAUUUUCAUUUCCUUCUUAAAUAAGUUUGAUUCUUACUGUAUGCCCAUCAUGAAGGCCUUUUUUGAAAGAAAAAAAAAAUCAUUUGUUUUGCCUCCAAGUACUCCAUAUAAGAUGUCUUGAGUAGAAGAAAAAAACAAACUUUACCAAACCAAAGGUUGCUAUUUUUGAAACAUCAUGUGUUCAUUCCAGCAAGGCAGAAGACUGCACCUUCUUUCCAGUGACAUGUUGUGUCCAUUUUUUAAGUCCUCUUAAUUUUUAGACACAUAUUUUUGGUUUGUGUUUUAACAAAGCCUGCCUAACCAGUCAUCUUGUCUGCACCAAUGCAAAGGUUUCUGAGAGGACUAUUGUAUUCUCUAUCCCUGUGGAUAUAAAGACACUGGCAUUUCUUUUUCCCUUUCCUUUUUAAGGGAUUUAACUUUGGAAAUCUUCCAAAGGAAGUUUGGCCAAUGCCAGAUCCCCAGGAGUUUGGGGGGUUUUCCUUUGUUUUAAACCAAAAUUGUAUCUGAUUUCUAUUUUUUAUGUUAGUGAUCAUCUAAUCACAGAGCCGAACACUUUCUCCCCUAUAUAGAAAAAUAAACUAAGCAUGCUUUACAAUAAAAUCUGUCUUUUCUGGUAGAAACCUGAGCCACUGAAAAUAAGAGAGACAACUAGAAGCAGAGUAGAGUCCCAGACUAAGGUCUACGUCUGAGAGGCUUUGAAAGUAAUCCCUGGGGUUUGGAUUAUUUUCACAAGGGUUAUGACGUUUUAUUCAAGUUUGUUGCUCCGUUUUGCACCUCUGCAAUAAAAGCAAAAUGACAACCAGUACAUAAGGGGUUAGCUUGACAAAGUAGACUUCCUUGUGUUCAUUUUUCAGUUUUUUUUCUUAAUAUCUGUCUACAGGCAGAUACAGAUAGAUGUAUGAAAAUGUGCUUGCCUGUAAAAUUUGCAUUAUAAAUGUGUUGCCGAUGGAUCACUUGGGCCUGUACACAUACCAAUUAGCGUGACCACUUCCAUCUUAAAAACAAAUCUAAACAAAAUUUAUUAUAUAUAUAUAUAUAUAUAAAGGACUGUGGGUUGUAUACAAACUAUUGCAAACACUUGUGCAAAUCUGUCUUGAUAUAAAGGAAAAGCAAAAUCUGUAUAACAUUAUUACUACUUGAAUGCCUCUGUGACUGAUUUUUUUUUUCAUUUUAAAUAUAAACUUUUUUGUGAAAAGUAUGCUCAAUGUUUUUUUUCCCUUUCCCCAUUCCCUUGUAAAUACAUUUCGUUCUAUGUGACUUGGUUUGGAAAUAGUUAACUGGUACUGUAAUUUGCAUUAAAUAAAAAGUAGGUUAGCCUGGAAAUGAAAUUAAAAUUCACAAGUGUGUGGUCUUUAUUUCAGUACCCAACCUUCUUUUCUUCACCCUAUCUUGCUACUGCAAUAUGUAGUCACAUUGCCAUCUCCGUUCCUCCAAUUAGAGAAACAUGGAUCUUUGUUAAAAAAUCAAGAUACAAACACUAGUUCUCGUUCUUUAAAUGAUCUUAUUCCAUUGUAUAGCCCCAAGAGGUGCAGCUUCCAUCUUGGAAACCUUUGGAUUUGGUGUAGAGGAAGCUUUGCAGACACUGCUUUGAAAAGAAAGAAAAUAUCCCUGAAAGGGACAAAUUUUUAAAAUGUGUAUAAGUCUUUGAUUACUGUGUUCAUGGUUUACUGUAGCUGUAUUUUCUUUUAACUUUCAUCCCAUUAGUAAUGGUCUUUGGGAGUAUCUGUAAAAUAUAAGAACACCACGAACCGUGGGGCUGUACCUCCCAGGUAACCAACACAUGUUGUGUUUGAAUCUGCUCAUUUCCAAUACUGGAUGAUGUAUGUAAACAUGUUAUGUCUCUUAGUGCAAAAAGAAACAUCAUUUUUUUUAGGGCUGGCUCAUUCUGUCAGGCCUAAUCUAAAGGCUAGAUAUUAAGUCAUGUGACUGCUGCUUCAAUAAAAACAUUUAUAUUGGA